AAUAACAACGAUGCGUUACACGUGAUAGACACGGUCAGAUUCGUCAGACUAACUACACACCACUACACACAGACUACACACCUCAGAUAAACCUGGGUAAACUUGGGUAAACUGGUGCGUUGUAGUGAUGCCUCGUUCAUACUUCAACUUCGUAAUAAAAAAGUGAUUAGGAACUUUGAUAGUAUAUCAUUUUUUCAAAAGAAGAAAGAUAGUGUCAUUCAUUGCAUAUGUGGGAUCAUUGAGAUGUAUUGUUACUUUCAUUGAGAUUGAGCAUGUUUACCAAAAAUCUCAAAAAUAAAAGCAAUCCAGAGAGAAAAGAAUAUUUGAAACAGCUAGUUACUGAAUUUAAGGAAACAAAAUCAUUUGAUGCAAAGCAACAAGUUCUUGCAAAUUUGGCGAAUUUUGCGUACGAUCCACUAAAUUAUGAAUACUUGAGAGAGAAUGCAGUCAUUGAUCUAUUUUUGGAAGAGAUUUCAAAGGAAGAAUCAAUUUUGAUGAAAUUUGCUUUAGCUGGUCUAUGUAACUUGUCAUUAGAUGCAGAAAAUAAGGACUAUAUUUUGCAUUGUAAUGGUGUAAAAAUAAUUUUUCCAUGCCUCUCAUCACAAGAUGAAGAUAUAGUGUUAUCGGCUAUAACUACUUUAAUGUUUCUUGUAAACCCAGCAUCGAAAGCAGAAAUAACAUGUGAAGAAAUAGCAAGUCAAAUGGUCCAACUUUCACAUAGUCCAUGUGCACGUAUAAGGAAUUUAGUUACUAUAUUCAUAGAAGACUAUUGCACCAAAGAGCAAGUGCCUAGUAUAAAUACCUCUGAAUAUUGUGUGGAAUCUCCAAAUGCAGCGGAUUAGUAUAAUGAAGAUUAACUUACCACUUGUGUCUCAAAACAAUGUUUUAUCUUGCAGAUAUCAUUCAAAGUGUAACCUUGUAGAUGGUAUGUCAGUUCAAGUAAAAAGAAAAAUUACAUUAGAGGAUGUGGAAACAUUUUGUAAAGUGACAGGAGACUAUAAUCCAAUUCAUAAAAAUAUUGUCCAUGGUGCUUUAUUAAAUGGCCUUGUUUCUGGUGUCAUGGGAACAAAGCUCCCUGGUCCAGGCACUGUAGUUAUAUCACAAAAAUUCGAAUUUCCAAACCCAUGUUAUGUUGGCUCGUGUGUCAAUAUAACAGUUUGUCUUCUAAGUGUUAGAAAAAUUAUUACUUGCAAGUAUACUUGUGCUUUGAAUGAUCAAAAAAUAGUCCUGGAUGGUGAGGCAAAAUUAAUUCUUACAAAGGUAUCUGUUAACACGUGAGGUUGAAAAGAAUUUAGUUAACUAACCAAAGGUCAAUUCUGAAACAAGCACGUUUCUGUAUUAUAAAAUAUUGCUGUUUUAUUUUUUGUGUUAAACAUGACUGACAGAAUUUUUUGUUUUGAAUCUUGUGAAGUGAGAAGAAAGUCUAGUGUAUAAAACAACUUGUGAAUGAUUUAAUAAACCAUUGGGUUGUGUAAAUAGAUUUGUGUACUUGUUGUGAAGGUUCUUCACAUCUGAUGACAAUGAAAUCUGUCAGAAUUUUUAUGUUGUUGAUGUAAUUAUUAUUAUUAUUAUUAUUAUUAUUAUUAUUAUUAUUAUUAUUAUUAUUAUUAUUAUUAUGUUGGAAGAUACUUUGGCCCCCAGAAGUGUUCUAAUUAUCUGUAGUAUUUUAAGGUCGUUAGAGCAAGAUAUUCCCUAGUAGAUAGAGCGUCCAUAUUACGUUCAAAAAUAAUUAUUUGCGAGAUAAGUGGGUAUUGUGGGACCUACAUGAACCAAAUAGGGACUUUUAAUCUAGGUUUUAUUUAAUUAAUUUAGUUUAAUAGAUGUAAAAUAAAAAUAUUUUAAUACCACAUAAAGAGCUACCGUUGACUAGUUUCUUAACUAGUGUCAACAGAUCGCGUAGCCACGGAAUGAAAAAUUGAAGCAUAAGAUUGAACAUACAAAAGCACUAUUACACAAUUAGCAAGAGCAAAAGCGUAAAACGUAACAUUAUAGACAUAUCUAUAAGUUUUUGUGCAGUAAUCGCUAAUAAUGACAAAAAUUUCAAUGUUUUGAGUGAAGCGAAAAGUCUUUAAUAAAUUGGGCAACACCAUAAUGUCCUUGAGAUUGGCAUGCUUCUUUAAAGUUGCAUUGUUUGAAUUUGAAUACUGUUUGAUGCCUGGACGUACACUUUGAAUACUGUUUGAUGCCUGGAUGUAACACGGUAAAUAUACCAAUUGAGCGAAUUGGUGGAAGGUUUAUUUCCAAAGGGGAAUUUGCGAGAUAACGAAAUAAUUCCCCCAAUAUCACGAGAACAGUUGAUUCUUCGAGAUGCUUGCUACCAAUAGAAAAGUUUUUAAAAGCAUGUUCAACGGUUAAUUUUCUCACAAUUUUAAAUUUUUAGGUCAGAUCUCUCAGGUCACCAUGUUAAAACACCAAACUUUACGGUCUCGCGCAAAAACUGGGCGGUGAAAUCGAUUCAAACUCUACCAGAAUAUAGAAGAACUUCUCAUCUUUCGAUUAAUACAAUAAAAAAGGCAUGUUAAACAUAACACUUAUCUCGCUCUAACCACCUUAAAUAAAAUUCCAUGGCAGGAGAAAAUUCUUGUGGCAGCAGAUGUGGAGGGGUUGACAAAAUAUUUUUACUGAUACCCCAGAUAUGGCAAAUGAAGAUCAUAUAUUACUUCUAGAAAAUAUAU